CUCAAGGGUAUUCCCGAGGGUAAAUCUUCGGGUGGUAGUACAUAGACAUUGAUCGAGUCAUGCGUCUGGUUUGAAACAUUUCCGGAUCAUAGUAGUCUGCGAUGUCUGGCUCGCUCGUUGGAGAGGGGUCUCGCCUGCGUGUAGGAGCCUGCUUUGGUGAUAAGUACUGUUCGGAUGGUGGUGCACUGAAUGUUGGGCGAAAAGCGGGUGCAUCUGAUCUCAUUGUACUAGUCGUAGGUGUGUCUAAUCUCAUGGUGUUCUGUGCUACGACAUCUGAAUCGUGGGAGAUUGACCUGCUUGCUGUAGGGACAUCGUCCUCUGCAUUUUGCAUGCAGUUUCCAAGGCCCAUGCCAUCCAUGUCUCUCUGUAUAUGUUCUUUCACCUUAUUGUGUGUAGGAGCUGUGAUAGAAGGACUAGGUGAAGGUGUCUGCGUAGGAGUCUUACUCCCAGAAGGUCCCUCUCCAAAGAGCUUAAAAACCAAGUGCUCAAUAGCAAAUCUCAUGGUAGAUCCAACUUUCAUUCCAUGGUCCAUCUUAAAGUGA